AUGCGUGCACGGCACGCUCGGUACCAUUUCCGGAGUCCGCUGCGCCGCCGGGCAUACUCGCCCGCCUGCCCUCUGAGCUUCGAGGAUGCAGGACUCACAGAAUUUCGGAGCAGAGGCCUCCAAGGCUUCCCUGCAGUGUUGAAACGGUCGCUUUAUGACUUCCAGGUUCACGAGGUCGACUUGCAAGGGAAUGAGCUGCACCUCAGCGAGCUGAAGCCGAAAGAUUCUCAUUGUUGUGUGCCUGAUGGUGGCAGAUGGCACUUACAUUUUCGGCUUUACAAGGAAGGACUGGACACUCUGGAAGCGGUAGCACUGCUAGCACGCUGCUUGGGCCGCUCUCGGCGAACUUUGAGAUUCGCUGGUAGCAAGGACCGCUGUGCUGUCACGGUGCAGCAGAUGUCGUGUGCUCAGCUUUCACCGGCAGAGCUUCAACAUGCGCUUCACCAUCCCGAUUGCGAGAGUCGAGUUCGCGUCUCGGACCUGGCGGUGAAGCCUUCACCUGUGGGUCUGGGAGACCUGCUUGGCAAUCGCUUCAAUGUUGUGCUCCGCAUGGUGCCCGAGCAGGCUCUGCUCUCGCCAAGCUCAGCAGCUCAAGAAGCUUGCAGAUCCCUCGUCGAGUCGGGCUUUCUGAAUUAUUUCGGCCCGCAGAGGUUCGGAUCGCAGGUCAUCCAUUCAUUCCAUGUGGGAGCAGCCAUCUUGCGUCACGAGUUCGACCGUGCAGUGAGAUUGUUACUGGGCGACGUCGAGCUCCUGGGCGGGGACGCCGCAAGAGCAGAUGCUAUGACUUGGGGUACCUGGGAUGAGGAGAUGCAGGCAGCGCAGCAAAGUCUUCUGACGGCAAUCAGAGCUGGUGGCGAUGUUGUUCUGGCAGCCGAGGCUGCAUUCCAACGAGUUCCCCCAGUUCCUGGCUACCACGUCGAGCGAGGCUUGCUGCGCUGCUUGGCUCGUGGGCUCACUGCGGAGGAAGCUCUUUUGCGUUUACCACGGCAGGUGCUGAUGCUCUUCGUAAAGUCUGCCCAGAGCCUCAUCUUCAACAAGGUCUUGUCUCACCGAGCUGCCCUGGGGCCUCUUCCCGCAGAGGGCGACCUUGUCUUGCAGGGAGGAUUGGACGGAGAAGAGCCGGUACCCGUGGAGCUGACGAAACUUGCAUCCGUCGAGCCGGAGAGUGUCGUCCUUCCACUGCCUGGCAGCUCCGUUCGCUAUCCGUGCCUAGAGAUCUCUACAAGAGGUCUACGAGGAAGCUUCCGAGCAAUUCCUUCAAGUCUCGCUUGA